GUUGCGCAUGCCAGAGCCCUUCACUCGCUGCUCAGUACCGAACCUACCCCAAACCCUGUGAGGUGCUCCGGCGGCGCGGCCCCGCCCUCUUCGCCCCGCCCCUCUCAGCCAGGCUCAGGUGCACAAGCCGGAAGUGCGCUCUUUGCCCAGGUCCUGGGUCGCAGGUGCCCUCCUCGACCCAAGAUGCGGUAGGAAUUGGCGCCUUGGGGAAGUCCUGUCCUUGGCGUCACCAACUCGUCGCCUAAACUCAUGGCGACCCCAGGCCUGGGGCUGCUCUUGGCGUUUGGUUUGCCGAUGCUGCCCUCCGGCUGGAGCGUAACAGCACCGGACCCUUUCACAAAUAGCACAACUCAACCCCCAGGCGAUGAGUCCAACGGGGGCCUGUCUUCAGGGGCUAUUGUAGCCAUCACUGUGGUCUUUUCCAUUCUGGGAGUCGUCCUUCUAGCAGUGGGGCUGUUUCUGCUCAUGCGAAAACUUCGGGAAAAGCGGCAGACAGAGGGCACCUACCGGCCCAGCAGUGAGGAGCAGUUUUCCCACGCAGCAGCUGAGGCCCGGGCCCCCCAGGACUCCAAGGAGCCAGUGCGGGGCUGCCUGCCCAUCUAGCUCCUCCCCUCCUUCCCUGUCAUCCAUCUUCCCUUCCUUGCUGUGUGACCCUGUGGGAAGGCAACGCCCUCUUUGGGCAAUCAGACUCACCCAAUGCUUAAGAAUAGAAGGGAAGAAAGUUCUUCAAAGACCUUGACUUUGAAGGCAAGCAGGAUGGGACUGCUCACUUUUUAUAUAUUUAUAUGAAAUUGAUAGGGACAAUAAAGGUUUUUUGUUUUUGUGGUAUGAGAUAAAGAUUUUAGCUGUAAGCUCUUUGGGGUCCUUAUGGGCUGGAAGUUGGGAUAAGAGCCUUCAGAUGAACCUUAAAGAUGCUUAGAGGUCACUUGGAGUGGUGGAUGAGGUAGGUUUCAGAAAGCCCCAGAUAAAUUUAUCAAGGAAAAGAAAUUCAGCUUUAUUAGUUGGGAACCCCUCACACUCCUGAUCUUAGUUUUCGAAACACUUCUUCAGAUCAGCAACUCGAGGUUGCUUGUCCUGUGGCCUUUGCUGCGUGCUUACAUGAGAGACAUAAGUGGGGGCUCCCAGCUCCUCGAGGGAUUGUACACAAGCCUGGCCCAGGAGGACCUGGGGAGGCUGGUUUCUGGGGUUCUCUGCAGAAUGGGAGCACGAGGGAGACGAAAUGGAUUGUAAUCUUUGGACAGCAUCAGAGUUGGGCUCUGUGGAGACAAGAAGCUGGGGGCUUUCUGGAGGACUGUACCUAGUGGGGACUCUGAGGAGCUUGGGGCAAGGGCUUUGUGAGGGUCUAGGAUCCAGCUUGCUGAGAGAGGGCCUGGGGUCCCCAUGGCUUGGGGGGCUCUGCUGAAAUGGCUGAGAACAGGAGUUCUUUGAGUAGCUUACAACCUCUGAAAAUGGGGUGUCUUGCAGAAGUGACAGGUCACCAGGUAGGGACCAAGGCUGAGGAUCCAGGGAUCUCUUGUCUUCUUCCAGUUGCCAUGGUAACCCCACUGGGAUGUCAGGCUGGGCAGAACAGGAUGGAGGGUAUGGUUGAUGUCAGAAAGGGGAAGAAACUGACAGGUGGGGAGGGGGGUAGUGGGGAGGGGGUUCUCACCAGGCAGGAGCAGCUCUCUGAUGUCCCUCGCUGACAGCAGUCUAAGCUCUGGCUGGCCCUCUGCAGGUCGCCACUCUUGGUUUCCACAUUCAGACUGUCUAGAAUCUCACUCAGUAGAUCCAGCUCUUCUCCAGACCCCAGAAAGCUGCCAUCUAGAGUAUCCUCUGCCCAGGGGUUCUGAGUGUCCCCAGGGCUCAAGGUGGGGCUCCUGGAUUGAGGAUUGACAUCCUGGGCUUUGUCUCCAGAUUCUAGAAGACACCCCUCAUCAGUUGUGAUCCUUGCACCUCUCAACUUUGAUCUGCUUCAAUUCUUACCUCUCCCGCAGGGGUUCAGAAGGUCCCUCUUCAGUCUUGAGUCUCCUGCUAGGGCGGAGGGGCCUGUUCUGAAAAAGAUAAAGGGAGGAAGAAAUGGGAGGAGCCCCAGGAGCUUUUGAAUCCAGAGCUGGGGCUUUCCAGCUUGAAUUGGAAAGCGCAUUGGACAUGCCACUGCAUUCGAGCCUGAGGCAGGAGGAUCGUUGCAAGUUCAAGUCCUGGCUGAUUCCUCUAAAAACAAAACAAAGGCUGGGGUGGAUCUCUGAGUUUUAGACCAGUUGGUCUAAAAUACAAAAAAGCCCCCAACCAAAGGGGUUGGGAGAAUGUAACUGGGUUAGUACAGGUCUUGCCUCUCGUUCACAGUGCCCUGGGUUUAAUCCCCAGCACCAUUUAAGCUGGGUAUGGUGGAUCAGGAGUUCAAACCCAUCUUUGGCUGUAUAGUGAGUGAACUACAUGUGAACUUCCACAAAGGGAGAUAGUUUGGUGAACACUGGGGACAGAUGCAGGAUUCGGGAAGAACCUGAUAUGUGUGGUGGACGGUGGGCAUCCUCACCUGUCCAAAGUGCUGGCUAAUAGGCAGGCGCUGUUGUAGGCGAUCGGAGCGGCUGGUGAGGCUUGGGGUUCUCAGGGAGCCCCCCCUCUGCAGGCCAGAGUCUCCAUCCUGUGAAGGGAUGCACGUGUGGGCUGGGGUCCCACCUCCACUCCCCUGAAUUAUCUGUGGGUGGGAAAUUCACCCUGGGUGGUCUUACCUUAAUCGUGAGCAGGUUCUGCAUACCCUUCAAGCCACUCUUUGCCUGGGUGAUGACCCGACACAGUAUUAGACACAAGUGUUUUCUACCCCCAUUCCACCUUUGUAUCUUCCAAGCUAUGUUUAUACCUUUGAUGCACAAUAUUCCUGGAGGGAGUCACCCUGCCAUAAACCAAAGGUUUGACCAGUGUAUAUAGGAUUAAAAUCAAAUGGACAGAUCUGAAAUGUAAAGGCUGGUCUGAAAGAAUAUUUGAGCUCCAGACCUCCCUCUCCCCACCCCACCCCACCCCAAAACAAUUAAGAAUGGAAGCUAAGUAACAAAAGGUAAUUGAUGGAUCUUGGCUGUCGGA